AUGUCCCAGACCCUUAUCAUAUUUGAACCUUCAGGAAAGGUGCUCCACCAGGUAAACAAUAAGAUUCUGCCUUUCAAUGAUCUUAUCCAUAGUAUUGUGAAUGAAACACAUACUGAGUUGAACCCAGGCUUUUACACCACACUGGCGUCCCAGAAAAGUGUUUACGCUGCGGUCUACUUUGACGUGGUGACCACUUUGGACAGUGAUAGAGUCAGGCAAUGCUUGCUGGAUGUGUUGAAGACGUACUUUAAGGUUACUGAGGAGGACGAGGACCUGCUGAAAUUGGGCAAGCUCGUGGACUACCAGUUUAACCAAUUGACGAAACUUAAGACGGGAGCGGCUGCUCCUGCCACGCCUGAGAAAGUGACCAGAGCGGUGGAACCUAAAAUCGAAAAGACCGUUCAGAAGAAGAAGGGUGCUAAGGCUAUGAGGAAAUGGGUGAAUGGCGAGAUGGUCGAGGUUUCUGCCGAUAAUAGCGUUUUGGACUAUUCAGAGGGGAAGGGCGACUCUACAGAUGCAUUCAGUGGUACCGAGGAGCUUAUUAGUGUGGAUAAUUCGAAUUUCCAGCGUACAGACGAUCUUGUGUUGGUUAGUGAACUUCAGGAUAUUUUGGGCGAGGAGGAAAGUGACGAUGAUGAAGAUGCGCCUAAGACGUUGACAAGCACGUUUUUCGGUAAGGUUUCGUCGUACUUUGGCGGAGCAGCUGAUAUUAAUGACGUUUCUAAGAAGUUCUAUGAGCAGCUUAUAUCGAAGAACAUUGCUCCUCCUACGGCUACCAUGAUCAUAGACAAGAUCAAGGCCACGAUUAAUAAGAAAUCAGUCACGGCUGCAGACUUUAAACUGGUGCUUACAGAGGAACUCACCAAAACACUCACGCCUAAUGUUUCUACAGACUUGCUUUACGAUAUCAAGCGUAACAGCGCUGGCCACAAGAGGCCGUAUGUCAUUUCCGUUGUCGGUGUCAAUGGAGUGGGUAAAUCCACCAACUUGGCGAAACUAGCAUACUGGUUCUUGCAGAAUAAUUUGAACGUGUUGAUUUGUGCUUGUGAUACAUUUAGAUCAGGAGCAGUGGAGCAGUUGAAGGUUCAUGUGAACAACUUGCAAAGACUCAAUGCCAAUGCUUCUACGGGUUACGGUGGAGGUGACCAUGUGGUGAACACCGCCAAACUGGCUAUCAGCCAUGCCCAGGAAGAAGGCUACGAUAUCGUUUUGAUCGAUACGGCUGGUAGAACGCAUUCUAAUGCCAAACUCAUGGCGCCACUUAAGAAGUUUGGUGAUGCCGCCAACCCAGAUAAGAUCAUCAUGGUCGGUGAGGCGCUUGUGGGUACAGACUCUGUGGAGCAGGCAGUCAAUUUCAACAAUGCGUUCGGCAACCGCCGGAACCUUGAUUUCUUUAUCAUUUCCAAGGUUGAUACCGUGGGUGAUUUGGUUGGUUCCAUGAUCAACAUGGUGAUGGCCACCCGUGUGCCUAUCUUGUUUGUGGGUACUGGCCAGACAUACACAGACAUUAAGAAGCUUAGCGUGAAGAGCGUUGUGGAAAUGCUUACCAGGUAG